AUGAAGAAGGCGGCGACGAAGAUGAAGACGGUGGCAGGGGCCAGGAAGCCUCCGAAGAAAUCGGUGGGCGGCGGCGGUGGUGGCGGUGGUGGAGUGGGGAAGAAGGCCGAGGCGGUGGUGGCCGAGGAGGCGGAGGUGGAGGUGGAGGCGGUGGAGGCGGAGGAGGUGGAGGCGGAGGAGGUGGUGGAGUCUCUGCGGGUGAAGACAGCGAAGCCGACGAAGCCGACGAAGCCGAAGCCGUCGCCUCAGAGGGCCGGCGCCGCUGGAGACACGAAGGCGGCCGCGGCGGCCGCGGGCGGAGUCAAGAAGCCUCCGAAGAAGGCUGAGGCGGUGGUGGCCGCGGAGGAGGAGGCGGUGGAGGAGGCGGUGGAGGCGGAGGAGGUGGUGGAGUCUCUGCGGGCGAAGACAGCGAAGCCGACGAAGCCGAAGCCGUCGCCUCAGAGGGCCGGCGCCGCUGGAGACACGAAGGCGGCUGCGGCCGCGGCCGCGGGCGGAGUCAAGAAGCCUCCGAAGAAGGCCGAGGCGGUGGUGGCCGAGGAGGAGGAGGCGGUGGAGGAGGCGGUGGAGGCGGUGGAGGAGGAGCGGCGGAGAGAGACGGCCGGGGGGAAGAAGGCGACUAAGACCAAGACCACGAAGGCGGCGGCGGCGGCCGGAAAACCUCCGAAGAAAUCGGUCGGCGCGGGGGGCAAAGGCACAGCAGGCGGUGGUGGUGUGGGUAAGAAGGGCAAGGAGGAGGAGGAGGAGGAGGUGGACGAGGUGGACGAGGUGGAGGAGGUGGAGGAGCGGCGGAGAGAGAAGGCGACUAAGACCAAGACCACGAAGGCGGCGGCGGCGGCCGGGAAGGCUCCGAAGAAAUCGGUCGCCGCGGGGGUGAAAGGCACAGCAGGUGGUGGUGGUGGUGGUGUGGGAAAGAAGGGCAAGGAGGAGGAGGAGGUGGACGAGGUGGACGAGGUGGACGAGGUGGAGGUGGUGGACGAGGAGGAGGAGGAGGAGGAGGAGGGGAGGAAGGGGAGGGGAGGAGGGGCGAAGGGGAAAGCGACGAAGGACAAAAAGAAAGGAAACAAGCAGACGGGAGACUUCACCCACAACGGGAAAAUCCGCAAGGGACAGAAGUGUCCAUCACUGGGUGUGGAAUCCAUGAGGGUGAGUGACCAUCAGCUCCAUGCCUCAUCCAGCAGCAGAUACGGACUGGGAGCACACAGAGGGAGACUCAACAUACAGUCAGGGAUGACUGAUGAUGAUCAGUAUGAUGGAGCUUGGUGUGCCGGAGUGAUGGACGAGGCUCAGUGGCUCGAGGUGGACGCCAGGAGACUCACCCAGUUCACAGGAGUCAUCACCCAAGGACGACAAUCACUCACAGCGCAGGACUGGGUGACGUCAUUCGUGGUGCUCUACAGUAAUGAUACCCACAGCUGGGAAACUUACCAGGAGGGGGGGCAGGAGAUGGUGUUCCAGGCGAAUGUUGACCCGGAGACUCCGCUAUGGAACGAACUUCUGUACCCGGUGGUGUCGCGAUACCUUCGCAUCAACCCUCGGACGUGGCACCGGCAGGCCGAGGGUGGACUCAUCUGUCUCAGGGUCGAGCUCAUGGGGUGCCCGCUUGAAGACCCUAACAACUACUACCACGGGCGCAAUGAAGCCACCACCUCGGACGACCUGGACUUCCGUCACCACAACUACAAGGACAUGAGGCAGCUGAUGAAGAUGGUGAAUGAGGAGUGUCCUCACAUCACGAGGAUCUACAACAUCGGCAAGACGAACGAGAGCCGGAAGAUCUACGCCAUGGAGAUCUCUGACAACCCUGGAGAACACGAACUAGGUGAGCCGGAGUUCCGCUACGUGGCCGGCCUUCACGGCAACGAGGCGCUGGGCCAGGAGCUGCUGCUGCUCCUCAUGCAGUUCCUCUGCCGUGAGUACGUCCAGGGCAAUGCACGAGUCCGUCGGCUGGUGGACGAGACCCGCAUCCAUCUCCUGCCGUCCAUCAACCCUGACGGGCACGAGAAAGCCUUGCAGGCGGGUUCUGAGUUGUCCGGCUGGUCCCUGGGUCGGUGGACCAACGAUGGCAUCGACAUCAACCACAACUUCCCAGAUCUCAACUCGGUCCUGUGGGAGUCGAUGGAGCGUGAGUCCGGCGCACAGAGGGUGCCCAACCAUCACAUCCCGGUGCCUGAGUGGUACUACCAGCCCGAGGCACGGGUGGCGUCUGAGACCCGUGCCCUCAUCUUGUGGAUGGAGAAAUUCGACUUCGUGCUGAGCGGCAACUUGCACGGUGGUGAACUCGUAGCCACCUUCCCCUACGACAUGGCACGCUCCUUCUGGAAGGCUCGCGAGUUCUCUCCCACACCGGACGAGCAGGUGUUCCGCUGGUUGGCAUUCGCGUUUGCCUCCACCCACCGCACGAUGGCGGUGUCGGGGCGCCGAGUUUGUCACUCAGACGACUUCACCAAGGAGGGAAGCGUCGUGAACGGAGCAGCCUGGCACACCGUGGCCGGCAGCAUGGCAGACUUCAGCUACCUGCACACGAACUGCCUGGAGGUAACCAUGGAGCUGGGCUGUGAUAAGUUCCCACACGAGACUGAGCUACCUCACGAAUGGGAGAAUUCACGUGAAGCUCUGAUGGUCUAUAUGGAGCAGGUUCACCGUGGCAUCAAGGGAGUGGUUCUGGACCCUGAUGGAGUCGGAGUCCCAAACGCCGUUGUGGGAGUUGAAGAAAUCGACCAUGAUGUGACCACUGGCUCCAUGGGUGACUACUUCCGGCUGCUCAAUCCUGGCGAGUACAAAGUGACCGUGCGGGCUGAGGGCUUCACCAGCGUCACCCGCACCUGCCAGGUUGACUAUGACAUGGGAGCCUCUCCCUGCGACUUUCACCUCUCCCGCUCCAAUCGACGGCGGAUCCUGGAGAUCCUCCGCCGCUUCGACCGCCAGCGUCUCCGGGCGCGUGGUCGCGCCUCCGGCGUCGUGUUCCCACGGCCGGGCCUGGGGCGCUCCGGGCAGAGGCCCGAGGCAGGAGGCAGAGGAGGCGGUGGAGGAGGCGGAGGAGGAGGAGGAGGCAGAGGAGGCGGUGGAGGAGGAGGAGGAGGAGGAGGAGGGUCGGAGAGACGCGGGAGAUUUCGGGGGGUGCCGGAAGAAUGGGACGGGCGGCGAGAAGGGGAAUCGUCGGAGGGGCGGGAGGGAGAAUCGGAGGGGCGGGAGGGAGAAUCGGAGAGACGGGAGCCAUGGGGAGAGGCGGAGGAAGAUCGGAACAGGCGACGGGAAGGGGAAUCGGAGAGACGGGAGCCAUGGGGAGAGGCGGAGGAAGAUCGGAACAGGCGACGGGAAGGGGAAUCGGAGAGACGGGAGCCAUGGGGAGAGGCGGAGGAAGAUCGGAACAGGCGACGGGAAGGGGAAUCGUCGGAGGGGCGGGAGGGAGAAUCGGAGAGACGGGAGCCAUGGGGAGAGGCGGAGGAAGAUCGGAACAGGCGACGGGAAGGGGAAUCGUCGGAGGGGCGGGAGGGAGAAUCGGAGAGACGGGAGCCAUGGGGAGAGGCGGAGGAAGAUCGGAACAGGCGACGGGAAGGGGAAUCGGAGAGGCGGGAAGGAUGGGGAGGAGAGGAGGAAGAUCGGGACAGUCCCUGACGACCGGAACGCCACCAGCGUCACUACCGUUAUAAACACAGCGUCACUACCGUUAUAAACACAGCGUCACUACCGUUAUAAACACAGCGUCACUACCGUUAUAAACACAGCGUCACUACCAUUUUAAACCCAGCGUCAGUACGGUUAUAAACACAGCGUCACUACCGUUAUAAACACAGCGUCACUACCGUUAUAAACCCAGCGUCACUACCGUUAUAAACCCAGCGUCACUACCGUUAUAAACCCAGCGCCACUACCGUUAUAAACACAGCGUCACUACCGUUAUAAACACAGCGUCACUACCGUUAUAAACACAGCGUCACUACCAUUUUAAACCCAGCGUCAGUACGGUUAUAAACACAGCGUCACUACCGUUAUAAACACAGCGUCACUACCGUUAUAAACACAGCGUCACUACCGUUAUAAACCCAGUGUCACUACAGUUAUAAACACAGCGUCACUACCGUUAUAAACCCAGCGUCACUACCGUUAUAAACACAGUGUCACUACCGUUAUAAACCCAGCGUCACUACCGUUAUAAACACAGCGUCACUACCGUUAUAAACACAGCGUCACUACCGUUAUAAACACAGCGUCACUACCGUUAUAAACACAGCGUCACUACCGUUAUAAACCCAGCCUCACUACCGUUAUAAACACAGUGUCACUACCGUUAUAAACACAGCGUCACUACCGUUAUAAACACAGCGUCACUACCGUUAUAAACACAGCGUCACUACCGUUAUAAACACAGCGUCACUACCGUUAUAAACACAGUGUCACUACCGUUAUAAACACAGCGUCACUACCGUUAUAAACACAGCCUCACUACCGUUAUAAACACAGCGUCACUACCGUUAUAAACACAGCGUCACUACCGUUAUAAACACAGCGUCAGUACGGUUAUAAACACAGCGUCACUACCGUUAUAAACCCAGCGUCACUACCGUUAUAAACCCAGCGUCACUACCGUUAUAAACACAGCGUCACUACCGUUAUAAACACAGCGUGACUACCGUUAUAAACACAGCGUCACUACCGUUAUAAACACAGCGUCACUACCGUUAUAAACACAGCGUCACUACCGUUAUAAACACAGCGUCACUACCGUUAUAAACACAGCGUCACUACCGUUAUAAACCCAGCGUCACUACCGUUAUAAACACAGCGUCAGUAUCCGUUAUAAACACAGCGUCACUACCGUUAUAAACCCAGCGUCACUACCGUUAUAAACACGGCGACACUACCGUUAUAAACACAGCGUCACUACCGUUAUAAACACAGCGUCACUACCGUUAUAAACACAGCGUCACUACCGUUAUAAACACAGCGUCACUACCGUUAUAAACACAGCGUCACUACCGUUAUAAACACAGCGUCACUACCCGUUAUAAACACAGCGUCACUACCGUUAUAAACCCAGCGCCACUACCGUUAUAAACACAGCGUCAGUAUCCGUUAUAAACACAGCGUCACUACCGUUAUAAACACAGCGUCACUACCGUUAUAAACCCAGCGUCAGUAUCCGUUAUAAACACAGCGUCACUACCGUUAUAAACCCAGCGUCACUUCCGUUAUAAACACAGCAUAACUACCGUUAUAAACACAGCAUCACUACCGUUAUAAACACAGCGUCACUACCGUUAUAAACACAGCGUCACUACCGUUAUAAACACAGCGUCACUACCGUUAUAAACACAGCUUCACUACCGUUAUAAACCCAGCGUCAGUAUCCGUUAUAAACACAGCGUCACUACCGUUAUAAACACAGCGUCACUACCGUUAUAAACACAGCGUCACUGCCGUUAUAAACACAGCGUCACUGCCGUUAUAAACACAGCGUCACUGCCGUUAUAAACCCAGCCUCACUACAGUUAUAAACACAGCGUCACUACCGUUAUAAACCCAGCGUCACUACCGUUAUAAACACAGCGUCACUACCGUUAUACGCUGCGCCUUGUAUUCGUUUGUUUAAAUAUUAACAUAUAUAAAUUACUAGAUAUUGUGGGGAGCGAUGGCUUAAUUAAUCACCCUAACAUGCCGCUCCACAGGUUACGUGUUUAAAGUGUCAUUUUAAUAAAUACACAUUGUCACCGCUUCCAA